AUGGACUCGGCGAUGAGUUGUCUGGUCUUUGCCAUCGCCACCCGAGAGAACUUCUGGGAAUCCAGCCUGGUCUUGGACGCCAACAAAGAGACCAUGUAUUCGGACUUGUUGUACCACUGGGCGUUUUGCGCCACUUGCGUGACCAUUUGUUCUGGAUCCAUGGCAGAGCGCACGCACAUCAUCGGAUACCUGACCCAUGCAGCUCUGAUGGCUGGUUUGAUCUUCCCGCCCGUAGCUGAAGCAGUCUGGGGUUCAGGAGGUCUUCUGCGUCCUUUCUUCGUGAAUGCCGUGCAUCAGGAGGUGCGGUAUCACGACUGCGCUGGUAGCGGUGUUGUGCACCUCGUAGGCGGAGUAGCAGCUUUGGCUGGCAACUCCCUAUUAGGGCGACGCAUCAUGCGCACGGACGAGUUGCCUGACCUAGACCUUGAGCUUCAACCUUUGGAACCAGCGUCGCCACGACUGCCAGUGCAGGACACUGUGGCGGAAGACUUGGAAGCGCCGGACGCGUUCCGGGACACGAGGUGCGGAGACUUGGUGCCCGAAACACAGGCUCGCUGGCAACGCCGCUUUGACAACGCAGAGAGGGACAAAGCGGAAUUUCAGCCCUGCAACUAUCUGCAGGUGAUGGGCAUGUUCAUCUUGUGGGUCGGCUGGUACGGCUUUAACGCAGGAGGAAGCUUGACAGCUCAACCGGGCAGUUCCCACACUGCUGGUUUGGUGGCAUGGAACACCACCGUUGCUGCCGCUGCGGGUGGCUUUGGGUCCUACCUGUACCUUUACGGUUUUCGACUGAACUUGGACGUUGGAUUUCUCUGCAAUGGUCUUCUCUCUGGGUUGGUCUCGAUUACGGCUUGCUGCGAUGUGUCCACGCCUUUAACUUCCAUGCUGAUCGGCCUUCUGGCCGGCCUCGUGGUCUAUCCCAUGGCCUCCAACGGCAUGCGACGGCUGCGUUUAGAUGAUCCGGUGGAUGCUGUCCCUGUCCAUGCAGCGAGUGGCCUUUUUGGUAUCCUGGCGGUGGGCCUUUGCUUUCCUGACUGUGCAGCCCUACGGGAGAAGGGUCUCAGUGAGGCUCAGUCUAUGUUCUGCAGAGAAGAACAUCAUGUUGGAAAACAGCUUCUAGCACAACUCCUAGGUGGCGUUGUGAUCAUUGCAUGGACAUUUUUGAUCUCCUAUGCUUUUUGGCUGCUGCUGGCAGCUGCGGAGUGUGUUCGAGCACUGGAGUUGGAGCAGGUGAACCGUGCGCAGAAUCUCUUGCGUCAGCUGACCGGUCAAGGGGCUUUGUCAAAGUCCAAAGUUCACCAAGAUUUGGAAUCGGCGGCGCAUCUGUCCCGCACUGUUCGACGCGCCCUAAAGGAGCACGGCUGGACGGGCAGUCGCUUCCUAUUGGGGCAGCCGCAAGAUUUGGUCAGCCUCUUGACAAAGUUGCAGCAAGCGCAAUUUGGAUCUCUGGAGACAGCGCUGGAGACUGAGGUCUGUGCCCCGUUGCGAAUUUUGGUACGAUGUUGUUCCUCCUGGUGGCUCUUCCGUGAAUUGGCCUUCGCUCGUUUGCGGAUCCACCCUUGGGCGGAGAUUUCCGGUUUGGGAGCCGCGGAAACCGAUGGCGGCAAGCUGUAUAUGGCCAUUCAACGAGCCGCGGGGCAAAUCGCUGAACUGCGGUCACAGACACAUGCCGAGCCACUUCAGACUGAAGUGCGUGAGCUGGGCAUGCUGGUGCGCAGUCAGGAUGUGUUGCUCCGUCGCUUGAUCACGCGGAGGUAUUCGAACCUGUCUUCGAGGCGUUUGAGCCAUAUUCCAGAGAGACAGGAAUCUACAGAAGCAACGCGGGCAGUUAGCCCCUCGUCACCGAACUGUCAGAUUCCGGAGGAGUCGACCGAGAGCCAACUGUCCGCCCGAUCUCGAUCAGGCCUUUCUUCCAGGUCAGGCUGGCACGAGGGAUUCCCGGGCCUCCCGCCCCAUUUUCGCUUGGAUUUGCUGUCCGAAAUUGCCAGUACAGUUUCAGAUGGUUCGCUUGGUGCACUUUCACCGCAUUCAGUGGCCUCCACUCCCCCUCCCACCAUUCACGGUCGAAUGCGGCGGGUGCCGAGUAACGGCGCGCCGAUCAACGUGGCUGAGCAGUUGGUGCAGAUGUUGCAGAUGCAGCAGCAGUUGCUGUCCGCCAUUGGCCUUUUGGCGCGACAGGAGUGGUUGGUGCUAGACGCUGUGACGCAGCCAACUGCCACUUCAUGUGCUGAAGCGAUAAGUCAGUUGGAACUGAGCACUUUGGAUGCUGAAGAGAGGCAGAAGGUGCAGGACGUUUUGAGAGGAAAAGCAUUGGAAACAACCAAUGUUCGCCAGAAGAUGCAGGACUUCUCCGCCUUUGCGCUCUACUUGCCGGAGCCUACGUGGACACUUGUGAUGCAGACCGAAGUGGAUCACAUGCGGAUCCUGCAAGCAGUGGUCACAUGGCUUGCUGAUCACUUCACUCUGAGGUGCCCCUCUGAACCGACCUAUGCUAGCUUGACAGCGUUUCUUCUCUUGCGAGAACCCGACGACAAACGGCGGCAAAUGCAGAACAAUGUGGAGGUCUUCUUAGCGACGGUGAAAGCAGAGGGUGCGUCUAUCCUGGCUCGCUACAAGUAUCGGCGUGUGCCGCCUGAGAACUACAUUGUCCAACUGCCUCUUGACCGCGGUGAUCUCCCACCGGGUGCAAACAGUGAUGCCGUGGUUCAAUGUGUGGCACCACGGAUUCGGCUAUCGGAAAUUUUGAUGGUUGCACGCACAAUCCCAUUGCGACAGAGAGGAAAGGCAAAAAAGACGAGUGCGACCGACGCCGUGGCCUUCUCCGGCCUAGCUGACAAUCCCUUUGGUAUGUUUGCUGGCUUCAUGCGUUUCAUGCAGUAUAUGUCUGAGAGUCGACAGGAUUCUUCCAGUUCCUCUACAAUGAACUUGCCAUUGAGCAGGAAGCAAACUUCGACACCCAAUCUGCUGGAAGGGCACUCCGCUUCCGCCAAGUCACUGACACUGGCGGCGCAGCCUACGGCAGCGGCGACAAGUUUAGCUCCUCCAGCUGCUGUUGAGAAGUCUGACGGAACCGGAUUGCCAUCUUCACAGUGUGAGCCAGCCGCUCCCACCAGUGAUGUGAAAGCGGUGUCUUCUGAGACAAUUGAGGUGAGCGAGAAGGAGGCUGAGGCGACAGCGGUGCCACCUGUGUCUUUGGCAGACACUUUGCAGCGACUGCAGCGUGCAUCCGGUGCCAUGAAGCGACCUGCCGGCCAGAUGCCCGAGCAGAAAAGCACCACUGUGGAGCCAAAGCCUAAGGUCAAAUCAUUUGCUGCCAAUAUGAAGAAGAAACAAGCACUGGCGCUGAAACGUCCUGCCUCUUCAUCGAAGAGUCACAGCACUGGUGAGAUGAUCUAUCCACCCCAGGGUCAAGGAAAGAAGAUGCCAAGCAAAGCAAAAUGCAUCGCAAUGUGUCCGAAGGGAUGCAUUGCAAUGGUUGGCAACUUCGAGAAGCCGCACGCACCCUUGGACACAGAUGCGAAGCGGGACCUGGCUGAUUGCUUCGAACUUAUGAAGGAAGUUUUCACGCAGAUCAGCGUGGAAGAUGGCCAUGAUGAUGUGAAGGAGGCAUUGGCGUUCUUGCGCACUUGCCUGUACACCGUGCGUUUCAUCCUGCUCGGCUGGGCCAUCGAUGACACGAAGCACAUGCAGUCUGACAUGCUUGUCCUACCUGCUGCCUCUCGAUGGUCGGUUUUGCACCCAUGCCGAGCAGUUUUCCAAAGAGAGCUUCUGUCAGUGCUGCGCUUCAUUGACAUGCACCAGGCUUACUUUGUCGACCAGCCAUGGGCUUGGAUGCUCAGCGUACUACAGCUGCUAGAGCCGAACUUGACCCCGCAGAUGUCCGAAGUGCUGGAGUUCGAGACGGGCACGCCACCGAGUCCACAGCACAGCGCUGCACUGUCUGAGGGGGAGCAUGCCGUUGCCGAACCUUCCGAGGAUGCGGUGGCCCAGCCUGCUCCGGCUUCGACCCCCUGUGGCCAUCGCUUCCCGAAGGUGCUUGCCUCUUACCUUGAACAGCGUUUGGAGUACGAGCAACAAUUGCAGAACUAUCACAAGUCUCUACUGACCGAGUGCGAGAAUCCCUACGUAGACGUGGACUACUUGAAGUCGAAAAUGGAUGGUCGGUCUUCCUCUUCAAGCGCUAUGACUUCAGAGAAUGCAAACUCUCUACGCACACAAUGGAAAAACUUGCCAGAAGACGUCAAGUUGCAGUACCGUGGGCGACGUGACUGGGAAAGCACCACGUACGGCAUCAAGCGCACUCGCGCUGGCGUUCGCAAAGACGCGAUGCACCGGUCACAAUGA